AUCACCAGACGAAAUUAAAAUUCCUCUUCAGAUUCACCAUCAACUGCCCUGAAUACAUUCUGCAAAAAGUCCAGAAGAAGACUGAAAUUUAUAUGAAAACUCCAAGAGCUGGGAACAGAAAUGGCAAAAUUAGGAGAAGAGCCAUGGAUUACUACAGAAAAUAUGCAGUUGUCAUCCUGGCUACAUUGUCUGUGUUUCUGCAUGUUCUCCAUUCCUUUCCUGAUGGAGAGUUUGCGAUGCAGGGUUGCCCAGAAUGUAAGCUAAAAGAAAACAAAUAUUUCUCCAAACUGGGUGCCCCCAUUUAUCAGUGCAUGGGCUGCUGCUUCUCCAGGGCAUACCCGACUCCAGCAAGAUCCAAGAAGACAAUGCUGGUACCAAAGAACAUCACCUCGGAGGCCACAUGCUGUGUGGCCAAAGCAUUUACCAAGGCCACGGUAAUGGGACAUGCCAGAGUGGAAAACCACACCGAGUGUCACUGCAGCACUUGUUAUUAUCACAAAUCCUAAACAUAUUUCAAGGUGCAGUGUUGAUGACUGAUGAUUUGGUGAAAAGGAAAAUUAGGUUGUUCAGCUUUUGUAACCUGCAAGAUAAAGCCCUCCUUUCCUUCACCAGCUCAUUCUGACGUGCUUCAAGGACACACUGCCGCUUCAUUGCUUGUCUCCUUAUCCUGUGGUGUAAUCAGCAGCCUAGCUCUUUCAUUUGGAAUGAAUUAUAGCAUUUAG